CUCUUUGUUUCAAAAAUACAUGCAGCACCAUGAUAUCACACACUGAGCAGCUGAUAACAAUUUCUGUCUCGCUUCUGUUCUCAUUCUCACACUUACACGUAACAGAUGCAUGUGUUGCAUAUAGCAGCAUCCUAUGACUGGUAUGCCGCCGUCAUAUGUUGCUAAUCUAUAAUUUACUCAUAUCUUUUGUUUAUAUCGUGGAUCUCUACUAACCUGAGAUUUCUGAGAUCCCGGGCUUCUCUCACGAUGCUGCACAUACUUAUUGCGCCGUUCUCCCAAUACCAGAAUCCUUAUCUCCCACCAUGACAGUCAACCACUAUUUCCCACCACAGGUCACCCAGGAGCCGUUGGACUAUGCCGACCUCCCAGUAAUUGACCUAUCCAAGUCGCCGCGUCCAGAUGACGUACGCGAAGCUAUGCAGACCCAUGGAUUCCUCUACGUUGUUGGGCACGGAUUAUCACCCAUUGCGAAUCAACGAAUCUUUGACAUUGCCGACCUUCCAUUCUCUAACGUUAGUGACGACAAAAAACGGCACUACGAUGCAGCCAUUCAACAGACUGGAUCAUACCAGGGGUACAAGCUUCGGAAGUACUGGCACGUCGACAACGGGGUACAAGAUGAAGUCGAAAUGUACAACAUUCAUCGAGAUAUAACGAAACGACCGCAUCCCGAAGCUUUGCGACCGUACCUCGUCGAAAUUGAAAAGUUUGCACGACACAACCACCUAAAUGUUCUUCAUCCCAUUUUACGUCUCCUAGCACUGGGCCUUGGUCUUCAAGAAGAUGCAUUUGUGAAUAUACACGGGUAUUCCUCUGUCAGUGAGACUUACGUACGGUUUAUGAAAUAUUAUCCUCACUCCGACGAGGACGAGGAAAAGACGAAGAGCGUCUGGCUCAAAGGACACACUGAUACCGGCUCGAUCACCAUCCUGUAUAGCCAGCCCGUGUCGGCGUUACAGAUACUCACACCCUCGGGGGAAUGGAAGUGGGUGAAACACAUUGAAAACGCAUUGGCAGGUCCAUCCCCUUCUAAAGUUAUUCUACCAUCGAUGACAUUGAAACAGGUCAUCAACGCCGGAGACUCUCUUGAGUUCUUGUCAGGAGGCGCAUAUCGUUCGACGAUCCAUCGGGUCGUACAACCUCCCAAAGACCAACGAGGAUACCCUCGCCUCUGUGUAUUCUAUUUUUGCAUGCCCGACGAUAAUGUAAAGCUUCUUCCUUUGGUCGGUAACAAAGUCCGCCGAUUUGUGGAUGCGGACGCGCCGACGAUGGAAGAUUGGCGUAAGGGAAGGACGGCAGCAUAUGGGAAAAGCCAGCUUAAGAAGGCGGAGGGAGAGGAGAGAAUCGAAGAAGAAGUUAUUAAUGGUGUUGUGGUCAAGCAUUAUAAUUGA